AUGUCAGCAACGCCUCGAAAGCCUGGAACACCCGGCAGUUCCAGCAAAUCAUCAACCGCAGAUCCGCACUCCAGCAACGGGUCCACACGAGGGCAUGCACGCUCGCCCAGCGCAACCAACGGUCUCAACCGUUCCCCCUCCUUAAGAGGUUCAACUCCCGUCUCCGCGCGCGCAGCUGCAAGAAAACCUGGCCGUUCCAACCUCAGCAUGUCAAACGUACCAAGGGUUUCCAACGACCCCUCCGAAGAAGAGGCGCGGGCUCAGAAUGCCGCCCUCAUCGAGGAACUGCGGGAACAGCUUCAGAAGGCCGAAAAUGCCUCCGAACAAUACCAAAAACAGCUCGGCGUUCUGCAAAUGCGCCUCGAUGAAGCGAUCAGUGAACAAACCAAGUUGGAGGACCAGGCUCAUGAGCGAGACAGUCGGAUCGAGGCCCUCAACAGUGACAUUCGGGACCAGGGUCGUCAGAUCCGGGAUCUGGAACAAAACCACGAGUCGGAGCGGAACGCUAUGCUCCAAGAGAAAGAACAACAGACUAGUCGGGAAGAAGAAAUGCAGGCGACUAUUCAACGGCUGAAGGACUCGAUGGCACAGAAGGACAUGCGCAUGAACGCAGAAGGGGAUCGCAACCAAGUCUCCCGAUCUUCGAGCUUCCGCAACCGAUCUUCCCCGGACCUGGAUGGUCAAUUUGCGCCCUCCUCGCACAUCGAGCGGAGCCCGUCCCGCAACAACUCUACCCUUCUCCUCCAGAAAGACAAACUCAUCGAGUCAUUACGCCUCGAACUGGCCGAAUCACAGAUCAAACUGGUGGAGAUGGAGAACGGUGGCGGUCGUCAGCGAGAACUGGAGAAAGACUUGCUCGAGGCCCGCGUGGCUAACGCUCGCUUGAUGGAAGACAAUGAAAGCUAUCAACUUCUUCUCAGCGAGAAGACUCUUACUGGGGACUUUGCCAAGGGCGAGUUCAUGCGAGAUGCCAACCCCGCAAAGGAGUCGGCAGGUGGACUGGGGUCCUUAGCAGAUGAGCUUGAAUCUGUGGAUGAGGCGCCCGAAACCGAUGCAGCACAACCGGACGGAGAGGUGAAGGCUCUGAAAGAUCAGAACAAGGCCCUCACACUCUAUAUAGAGCGCAUCAUCAGCAGAUUGCUUAUGCAUGAUGGAUUUGAGCAUAUUCUGGACCGGAACGAGGAUGAGGAAACCUCUACCACGAAGACCGGGGGCAGUGAAAAGGAGCUCCCACCAACUCCCCCGGAGAAGGAUGAUGGUUCGUCACAAAGUCUCCUACAACGAGCGAAGUCGGUUGUCGGUGGUCCAAAUUCCCGCCCUUCAACCCAACCUCGGUCGCGUCCAACCAGCAUGUUGCCUCCACCGCAACCCUCACAGAACAACCCCAACGAGAACCCCAACACUGCGCCAAGCAUUCCCUUCCGUACGCAGUCUGUGAGAGCCAGCCACCGCCGCAGCCGCUCGGAACAAGUCGACCCAAAUGCCGCCAGUGUCGUUGGUCACAUGUACCGCGGCGGACGCAACUCGGGCGGACCUAUCAGCCCGACUGCAAUGGGACCCGGAUCCCGCCAGAGCAUGUUCUCAGGAGCAGCUAGCUAUAUAUCCAGCAUGAGCCGCGCACCGUCCAUGUCCAGCCAGCCAGAUCGGACCGGUCGCAGCACCUCCCCUAGUGUCACAAGUGAUCCUCACGGAGACACAGCCUCCACCGGGGCUACCUCCAGCCCUCCUCGAUCCAGUGGCGGCAUGAACAACUACACUGGAGCGGUGAUGCAACAGGACAAGUUGCGCCCUCUACGUCUUGUCAGCGAAACCGCUAGAGUCAAGGAGGAGGAGGAAGCGGCACGCAAGAAGGCGAACCGCGCGAGCUGGAUUCCCUGGUUGAAUCGCGCCAACACCGAUGAACCAGCGCCGCAGUAG